AUGCGACUCGUAUGCCGUUUCUGGAAAGCAUCUGCUGACGAUACCGCGGAGCUAUGGGGCCGUCUAUUCUGUUUCCCGACUUCGGAGUGCUCGUGGAUGGCGCGAGCUCUUCGGCACACAAAGCGCAUGCUUCUUGACUUGAACUAUCUCGCUCCACCUUUCCGCUGGGUGAGACUAGCGAAACAAGAGAUGGAUGAGGCGUUGGCCGAGGGAAGGGUCCGUCAGCUUAGUCUCACCGUGUCGGAGUCAUCCGGAUAUCGCCUAUGUCAAUGGUCUUCUGUUUUCUGGAAGCUGAACCCCGCGAACCUGGAGAGGUUGGAGAUCAAGGCGGAUAGGUCAUUGACCUACGGAGAUCUCAUGGUUAUUGACCAUACUGCAUUUUGCGGCAAGACACCCCACAUCCUGCAUCACCUGACAUUGGACAAUCACGCACUGAAGGUGGAUCGGGAAUCCCGCCUGUUCGACACUCAAAACUUAGUGUAUCUCAGUCUGACUGCGUGUUCACUACCCUAUACCGUCUUCGGACUCCUUCAGGUGGCGGAAAAUAACCCCAAUCUGUCCACGCUCAUACUUUCCGUCGGAAGCCGCACCUUUCGGUCAAUGGAAGAGCAUGAGACACAGCGCAGAGAGCGAUUCGAUCUCCGGCAACUUCGAACUCUGUCAUUGACAGGCCGCUUUGACGUUCUGAUCCCCGUUCUCGGAGGCAUCCGUUUGGAGCCAAAGCAAUGCUCGCUGGAAUGCGAUGUUGAACUGGAUCGUCCCACGAGGCAGCCGGCUGGGGUCACACGCGAUUUGCUGAAUGGCGCGAUCCAGCCCUACCUGAUCGAAGCAUUUGGAGACGGCGCAGAGGCCAAAUGUUUGGAGUGCACGGCAAACUGCAUGCCGGUUCCAUUCUAUUCAGUAGCUCUGCGCAUUCGCGGCACUUCGUCGUCCACAGCAUCUUUCCUACUGAAGUUGGGAUGUGAGAUCUCCGGUUCCAGUCACUAUGUGAAUGGAAUCUUCCAAUCUCUCCUGGAUGAAUGGAUGUUUUUGGGAGCAGUAGACACCAUCCAUGGGACGCGCGCCCCGUCCACGUUUUGGCCAUCCACGAUCCCUCGUCUCCCUUCGUUGCAAACGAUCCGCAUCACUCGUUAUCUCGGCGAGUUGGGAAAUGCCCUUCUAAACCAGGAUCCCGGACAAUAUCCCAAAGGUCUGGUGAAAGUCGAGUUGUCAGACAUAAGCCUCGAGGAAGGAGCACUGAACUCGUUGAAAGGCUGGCUGAAGGGGAGCCUCCAGGAUGGCAGUAGUUCAAGGACUCUUCGGUUUGUCAGAUGCGCUGUAAAGGGCACAACUGGAAAAGAUGAGGAGCGCUUUAUCUGA